AUGAGAGCAGCGCGCAGGUGCUUGAGCGCAGCAAAGUUGACGGUGAUACCGGUGGUGAACAAGGUGGACCUUCCAUCCGCAAACGUGCAGGGAACUAUUGAUCAGAUGGCGAGCACGUUUGACGUUGACCCUGAGGACGUAAUCUGCGUCUCGGGCAAAACGGGCAUGAAUGUGCCUGCCAUAUUGGAUGCUGUGGUCCAGCGGGUGCCUGCACCAGCAGCAUCACGCACCAACACCUUCCACGCCCUGCUGUUUGAUUCAUGGUACGACGACUACCGCGGUGUGAUUGCGCUGAUGGAGGUGAUGGACGGCACGCUGCAACCCGGCGACAAGAUUGUCUCUGCCAACUCGCCGACGUCGAGCUACGACGUGCUGGAGGUUGGCAUCAUGCACCCGGCACAGCGGCCCACCACCGCACUGCACGCGGGGCAGGUCGGCUAUGUCGUGUGCGGCAUGCGGCAGCGCGCCGAGGCGCGUGUUGGCGACACGUUUUACCACAAGGGCGCAGCUGUUGAGGCACUACCCGGAUUCAAACCUGCGAAACCGAUGGUCUUCGCGGGCCUCUUCCCCAUCGAGCAGAUGGACUAUGAGCCGCUGUCGUCUGCGCUCGAGCGCUUAACACUCAACGAUCCCGCCGUCACCAUCCACCGCGACGUCAGCCCGGCACUCGGCCCUGGCUGGCGCCUUGGCUUUCUCGGCUUUCUGCACAUGGAGGUGUUCUCACAGCGCCUCGAACAAGAAUAUGGAACUCAGACGCUGCUGACCUCGCCGAGUGUGUCGUUCCGCAAAGUGCUGAAAGACGGGACCGCCAUUGACAUGCAGACGCCAUCGCACUUUCCAACCCAGGAUGAGCUGCACACCAUCUCGCACUUUGAGGAGCCCAUGGUGCUGGGCACGCUUGUGUUUCCGCAGGAGUACACGGGCGCACUCAUUUCCCUCUGCGAAUCACGUCGUGGCGAGCAGCGGAGCAUGCGGUACAUGGAGGGGGAUCGCGUCAUUCUGCAGUACAAACUCCCGCUCGCAGAGGUCAUCGAAAACUUUUACGACCAGGUGAAGGCGUGUUCGAGCGGGUAUGCGACGUUCGACUACGAGGAGCUUGGGUACGAGGCGGCGGACCUUGUCAAGCUGCAGCUGCUGCUCAACGGCGAACCCGUAGACGCGCUGUCGGCGAUUGUGCACAGCAGCCGUGGGUUCCCGCGCGGCAAGGCGCUGUGCAAACGGCUCAAGGAAACUAUCCCCAGGCAACUGUUUGACAUUGCGAUACAGGCCAGCAUGAAAGGGCGUGUUGUUGCGCGGGAAACAGUCAAGGCGUUGCGGAAGGACGUGACAGCAAAAUGCUAUGGAGGGGACAUCACACGGAAACGCAAGCUGCUGCAGAAGCAGAAGGAAGGAAAGAAGAAGAUGAGGCAGAUUGGAAACGUACAACUGCCAAAGGAGGCGUUCUUGUCGGUGCUGUCGCCAAGCCCAAAGAAAUAAAUAUGUACACGGUACAAAUGUGAACAGGAGAGCAUGGGAAACAAAAAUGAAU